AUGACGAGCCUCUCACCCCAAGACUAUGGCUCAUCUCUUUGGAAGUCGUACACAAAGUGCAUUGAAUCAUUUGGGAGAUUUAUACUGGCUCUCGGCAAGGAGAACUGUCGUGUGAUUUGUCUUGAGCAGGUUCAUCUUUCCCAGAUACUGGAAGAGUAUGGGAGGACCAAGAUCUGGGGUGAUCAGACCAAAGCAUACCUUCCACCAAGAGCUCGUGGUUCUUUGGAUGACACACUCCGGCAUGAGGAUGAGCUUAAGGGCUUACAUGACCCGGUCGCUGGAUCGGAUCAGGACUCGAUCGGCAGUGUCAGCGCUGACUCGAAUUCCGAUUCGAGCGACGAUGGCGAGCACCAAGACAAUAGGAUGCCAAAGAUUCGUCUACUUGUCCAGCAGGUGCUGGCGCAGAUCCGAUCACUUUACGACCUGUCUGCUUUGCUGCGGCGCCCUAAGGUUGCGGGCAAAUAUAUUCGCUCCGUUCAUUCAAUAACAAAGAAAGCCACGCUGGAAAACCAGGACACCAUGCCAUUAAGUGCCGGCUUCAGCGGCGCCGACGAAAGCCACAUAGUGGAGAAGGUGCUGCAAUGGCGCGGUUUAACUAAGAGCCAGCAGUGUAUAGAAUUUGAGGACGAAGACGUUGCUCCGAUGGGACAAGAAUCGACAAACAGUUGCUUCGAAGACAUUCUGUGGUUCUGCCAACGGCUUGCGGCAGCGAAUACAAGACGACGCGAGCAGCUUCAAUAUUGGACCGAUCAUCCGUAUGAUGACCCCAAGGAGGACUGGACUAGUGUAGCUCGACUUUCAACGCCAAAUAUGACGCUGGAUCAUGCGGAACAAGCGAAAGAAAGCCAGGAAUCACGAAGCCAGGCAGAUACCUCUAAACCGUCCAAUCCCAAUGUCUCGCGUGAAGGGUCCAAGUCAGCCGUGUCGAAACAAAGUUUCUCAACAGCUGCUGUCUCAGAUAUCCACGAUCCGAAGACCAACGUUCGACCACGGACACUCUACGCACCCACAGCCAUCGGCCAAGGCCGCUACAACUCUGUCCCAGAUCCCCCAAAGACGCAGAAAGGACAGACAACCUUUCCAUGUCAGAAUGCGCUGACGGAAAGAAUUCAUAGGCGCCAUGUAUUCCGCGAUCUCCGUCCCUACGUCUGCACAUUCGAAGACUGCCCAAAUGCCGGGAAGCUGUACGUCAGCCGCAACGACUGGAUGUAUCACGAAUUUCAGAUUCACCGGCGCGAGUAUGUCUGCAAAGAAUGCCAUGAGAAAUGCCCCAGCAAAAAGGAAAUGUCGACGCAUCUGCGAGAACACUAUGGCGAAUCAAUCUCACCAGCUCAUCUAAGUGUCAUUCUGGAUCUUUGCGAUCACCAGGUUGAUGUCUCAGACCACAAAAAAGACGCAUGCCUCGUCUGUGGAGAGGAACUAUCAUUGUUGGAAUUGCAGAAACACCUUGCCGCUCACAUGGAGGACAUCGCCCUCUUUGUCUUGUCCAGUACUAAUGAGGAUGAAGAAACUGGAGAUUCAGGGGCCUCAGUGCGGGUGGCGAAACUCAAGUCCAAAGGCACAGACAGUGAUUCCGAGUCAGAGGUAAGUAGCCUCGGCUUUUCUGUGGCCGGAGGUUAUGAGCAGACGCCGGACGACUUCUCAAAGCUCCUCACGAGCGAGGAAGCGGAAUAUACCUCAAAGUUUUUGUCUUGGAGAACAACCAAUGAAGACCAAGAAUUGGCAUCGAUCAAAGCCGCGGUGGCACGGCUGAAAGAUCCGGAUGAGGACGUGAGACGCGCUGCCGUUCAAGCCUUAAGCGAUCAAUCAGCCCUACCAGAGGAAAUAUUUGAGAUUAGGCUGGAGUAUCUGAACGGCCUGAUUGAGCUUCUUGGUGAGAAGAAAGAUUACAAGAGUCUGGUCUGGCUUCUGGAUGGUCUCUGGAAGCGCCGUAACCAGAUGGUCAACUGGUCGCACGUCGUGACUCUUCAGCUGGCUCACCGCUAUAUUUUGGUCCGCUUCCUAGUGGGUGACGCUCUGAAUGCCAUCCGCCUCGCCGAGGACAUAGUGUACAACUGCCGCCGCGUGAACGGUGCUGGCGACCCAGGCACCCUGGAGAUGUCAAUUCUUCUCUCGCAGCUGUACAUCGGUAUCGCGCAGCACUGCCUGGCCGAGAAUGGCAACCAGCUCCUAGCAAACAAGUACUACAAGAAGAGCGCCAGCGUGCACGAGAACCUGUUGCGUAUCUUCCUCGACCCAUCUCUCGUCGAAUUCGAGGGUGGUAUCGACAGUAGUCUGGGCACGGAUGACUCCGUCUACUCCGUCUUUGACCUCGAUAUCGACAAGGCCGACACCGUCUCCGAGGGCGAACACGUCCGCCAGCACUUUCUCCUGCUCAAGCUUGCCGUGCAGCGCUUGGGUUACUGGCCCAAGGACUACAGCGAAUAUGAGCGCCUGAGCACCGAGCUGUUUUCGAUGUUCGGAAACAAGUUGAAGGGCUUUGAUGGCGUUGAGAAAUGGAAUUUGAAGGCCUUUGGCCUGGGCAAAGCCUCCGGCAAAGAGGACAUGUUGGACCUGGAGUUCAGGUCUUGGGGGCUUGAUUUCGGCCCGCUCGGCGAGGAGGUUGAGGCAGAGCUCUGA